AUGUCGGGCUCCAACCUCGACAACCUCCCCAAUGAGGUGAUCCAUCGGAUCUUAGUCUUCGUGUCCAGAGGGGAAUGCCAGCAGGACAGGAAAAUAGAUAUGAAAAAUAUCCGGCUUGCCUCGCGCAAGCUCAGCAUCGUCGCAUGCGCAUUUUUGGUGUCCUCGACCACCGUGUGCCUCAAUUCCAACUCGUUGUCGCGCUUUCAACAACUCUGUGACCACCCAUUGUUCAGCCAGUGCAUCAGAUCAGUGGAGAUCAAUGCAGCCUAUUAUGAUGUCCGGCUGUCUCAAGACCGAGACCUGUACAGGGAUCAUUGUGGAAGUGCUCUUGCCCGGAUUCUCACAUUGGCUGAGCUGAACGCAGGUCCCAAACAGCGGCAAAGUGGUGCUUUAUGCCGGGAAAGUGACGUUUGCAACAGGUUCCCACGCCAUCUUGGGGAGUUCGGCAUUGAAGAUCUCUCAGCCGACUCUGCAGAUGCAUUUGAAAGCCUUUUGUCUGUACUUCAUAACGAAUACAAGAUGCGAACGUCAGACCAGGAAUGUAUCAGAAAGAACAACCGCCAUCUUGAUCGCCUAUGCAACGCAUUCGCCAGGCUUUCAUCUUUGAAAAGCAUCCACUUGACGAACGGAAUUGAUGGAGGGGUGCAGCCUGAAACUAUACCAACCCAGACGACAGACCUUUGGGAUUCAGGCGCGUUUGCUUGUGCUCUAGCUCCAUCUGGGUGGAACGGUUCGCUGGCUAUUGCAUACAUCACCCAGCCACCGAUCGAAAUGCUGGGUGAGCUUUUGUCGAGUCUAGGCGACUCUGGUGCCAGACCAUCAUCAUUUACUCUGAGCUUCAGCGUGCCUGCCAACUUGACCUGUCUGAAAGUGAGUGAGAGACAAGCUGAAGGCAUUUGCAAGUUGGUCUCCAAAACCGACAGCAUGGACGUCACUUUUCACUCGUGGCCUCGCGGAAGCUCGACAGCAUGCAACCACUCUCGGUCAUAUUCCGAGCUGCAAGCCCUUGGAUCUGUGACCACAGCGUUGACAAGUGCCCCUUCUCUCCGAUGUUUGAGAGUGUCCUUGGCAGGGUAUGUAUGGUGGCAGCAGCUACCACACGUUGUGCUCAAAGAGUUCAUCCCUGUAGGUAGCUGGCCGAACCUGAAACAACUCGAGCUCGGAUACUUGCCCUGCGAAUUGAGCGAACUCGAAAAGUUGGUCAUCACGCUGCACAACCAUCUCGAGUCAUUCUAUGGCCGGGGGCUUUACCUUCGGUCUGGUGACUGGGACGAUGCAGCAAAUGUUCUGCGUGACAGUAAUAAGUUAAAUAUAUUUAAGCUGGACCGUCUAAGAGGAGGAUCCCAUGGAAGCCGGAAAGCUGGCUGCGACAACCAGGAGACAGUUCUGCCAAGCUACAUGGCGAGAAGAGAUCCCGAAACUUGA